AUGGUCUCCACGCGACACCACCCCCGCGAAUUCCCAUCGCCCGAGCGCGCCGCAAAAGAGCUCAUCAAAUCGCCAGCAGCAACCAAUGCCAACUCGCGCAAAUGGGUACACACCCCUUCAGCCGCGCUGACAAUUUGGCUCAUCAUCUCCGUGCCCCUGGUCGCAUGGGACGCGGGCUAUGUGAUGUUACGACCGCAUAGCAUGCCCGGCGGGCGUUUCCAUUCCCCCAUCUGGGCACCUUACGCGCUAUACGGCAAGAUCGACUAUAUCUACGGCUGGCCUGCCUACAAUGCGCGCAAUGGAUUUACUGCUGCGCAGACGAUUCUGAAUAUCAUCGAGACUAUCGGUUACAUUUUCUACCUCUGGGUUGUUUACAACUAUGGCGCGACUGUCGUCAGUGGUCGUGGACAGAGGGUUAAGAAGGAUUUGCUGUGGUUUUUGAAGGGGGAUAAAGUUGUAGCUGGAAGAAUUGGGGCUCUCGCGCUUGUUGUUGCUUACUCUAUGUCUGUUAUGACUUUGAGCAAGACCAUUCUCUAUUGGCUCAAUGAGUUCUUCUCGGGCUUUGAGAAUAUUGGCCACAAUAAGCCGCUUGAUCUCGUGCUCUAUUGGAUUAUUCCCAAUGGCGCGUGGAUUAUCUUCCCCAGUUAUAACAUCUACACACUCAGCGCUGAGAUUCUGAAUGCCCUUGAGUUCGCGACUCCCCGUCAGAAGGUUGGACGACCCAAAUCCACCUAA